GUGGCUGCUACCAACAGGAAGACUGUCGUGGAGAAAGUAAUAAAGAAGAGAAGAAAGUGAAAGAAAGCAUGGUGAAAGAAGACAGCAUCACAACUUUUUUGGAAUUGGUUGGAGGCUGGGAGGUUGAGGGCAAGUCUUGAAUUUUGACCAGACUUGACAGGCAGCAACAAACUCCUUCUGUCCCUUUCCAUGGAUACCCACCAGAAGCACUGUCACAGAAGAGCCAGAGUCAUGAUGCCAGUGGACCAGCUGGACCAGAAGUGAGCCAGAUCCAGCUGGAAGAGCCUAUGCCAAUACACUCCUAUCUGCAUUACUGUUAUUUGGAUAUGAAUGGGAAGGUGAAUACGACAGAGAAGAUUCCUCACUCUAAAAGUGCCAGUAUGGUGUCAGAGCUUUCUUCAGAAGCCCAGCCUUACACCAGGACAUCUCGGACUCCAAGAAAGGUAGCAAUGUUUGGGAAGCGCUCCAACUCUAUGCGAAGGAAUCCCAAAGCAGAGGUGACCAAACAAGGAUGGCUGUACAAGCAGGCCAGCAGUGGUGUGAAGCAGUGGAACAAGAGGUGGUUCGUCCUCACUGACAGAUGUCUCUUCUACUACAAAGAUGAGAAGGAGGACACAGUAUUAGGCAGUUUGCCGCUGCUCAGUUUCCAAAUUGGAGGAGUGGAACCUUUGGAUAACAUCACUCGCAAGUUUGCCUUUAAGGUGUGGUUGGAGGAGGAGGAGGAAGGUGAGGGUGAGGACAGGGAGUUGAAGGGUCCUGUUGUGUUUUGCAUGCAGGCAGGGCACGCUGGGACCAGGACAUACUACUUCAGCGCAGACAGCCAUGAGGAGCAGGAAGAGUGGAUUAGAGCCAUGAGUGACGCUUCAGAGGUCAAUGUUCAGCCAACACACAGAACAACCUUGGACACCUUAGUUGAUGUCACCCACACCAUGGUGACCAAGGCACAUGACACACAACAUCAUCCACACACACAAACACACAAUGAAAAUAAGAGUGACCUGCCUGCCUCCCCUAAGAUCAACAGGGUCAACAGCCUUGAGACACCCCCACUCUCUACCCCCCUCUCAGAUCAGGAGGGAACAAAGAAUGAUGGAAGGCGAGGAGAAGGCAAUGAUGAAGGGGGGGGACCUGGUCCUGACUACAUCCCUCACCCAAAUCACCAUCCAAAUGGUUGUGGCAACUACGGGCCUUGCAAAACCAUGCCACACAACAGCAAUAGCAAACCCCUUCCAUCUAGGUGUCACAGUGGCCAUCGUGUCCCUCAGGAACCCCCAGAGGGGGUUGCUGGCCCAUCGCAUAACCCCAGAGAGCAGCAAGAGAAUGUGGUGUUGAGGAGGGGCUUUGUGCCCAGGACACCCCCAGAGAGGGUGGCCCAGAGGAAGAGUUCCAUGGCCCAGCUGCAGCAGUGGGUCAACCAGCGGCGGGGCAUGGCUUCCCAGGAGGACAUCAACAGCCCAUCUCAUUACUACCCGGUAAGCCAAGGGGUCUCAGCUGACUACUAUGUCUACCCUGGUGGCCCACAUUAUGUGGAGGACUACCCUCUGUACCUGCCAGGGGUCCGACCUGACAGCAUUUGCUCUGUCUCUGCUGUUGGGGGAUAUGACCGACGGUGGACUGUUGAGGAGAAGCGUCGCUCACUGAGAGAUCAGCUGUAUGGACCCCCAGUGCCCAGGGACCAAUGGGGGCAACAAUACUAUGGUGGAAUGGAAGCAUCCUUAAGGCGUCUGUCCAUCCAGCCACGCUCCAGGUCUGUUCCCAGGUCUCCAUCCUCGUCAUCUGGGGGGCCCUACUCACCGGUACCACCCAACUUUGCCUCCCCGGCUCGAUCACCAUCUGCACGAUUUGACCGGUUUCCAGGGAGGGUGAGGGAUGAUGUGAUCUAUGCUGAUCCGUCUGUCUACAGCCUGAGGAGAUCACUCAGCUCACCAAAGUAUGACUACCCUGGCAAUAGGAGGUCCUUAAACCAAGGAUUAUACCACUACAACUACCCUGUAUCCCCUUCCAUUCACAGUAAAAUGGAGGACAUAUUAGAUCUUCAGCUCCAGCGCAACCUGGAUUAUUUAGACCAACAGGUGCCUCCUUUCCAUGAUGUCUACAGCAGAGAGUUACAUCCCACACUGAAACUCAAUGAGAUUGAAACCAGCAAACUCUUGGGUCGACUAUGCGAGCAGAGCCAAAUUUUGAAAGACCACGAGGCUGUUGUCCACAGACUGAGAAUGGACAAGGACAGCCUAGAGGAAGCACUGGUGGCAACUCAUCAGGAGGUGGAACUGUACCAUAACCAGCCUUUGGCCAUGGAAAAGCUGCGGUUCAAAAAAGAAACUCUGCAGAACCAACUCAUCAACAUCAGAGGGGAACUCUCCCAGGCCUCUAGUGCUUUAACCACCACUCGUAUGGAGUUUGAGGCAUUGGAGGAUGAGGCCAGCGCCAUUCAUGGAGACCUAUGGGAGCAGCUUAAUGCAGGAGGGCAGAGUGAACUGGUUCGUAGACACAUCCAGAAAGAGUUUUGGAGAGUACAGGAUGUGUUAGAGGGACUGCACAAGAAUAACUCAUCCAGAGGUACUGACACAGCCAAGCAAAGAGUGACCAGCGGUGCAUCAGGUUCCUUUAGCACCAAUAGUCCAGCCAGUCCCCUGAGCUCAGUAAGCCUCACCAGCCCACUCAGCCCUUUCUCCCCAGUGCCCGGCUCCCAGGCCUCCCCUACCAAACAGCUAUGUCCGGAGUCCAAGUUUGGAGAACAGAACAAUAUCAAUGAUGUGCAGGACCAGGUGCAUGACAGACAAUCCACCAUGAAUAAAGUUGGCAUUGUUCCUCCUAGAACGAAGUCCCCCACAGAUGAAUUGUACAGCAGCUCUGCUGGAGUUUCCCGGUGUAAUGACAGAGUGCCUAACGGAAUCUCUAGGGAACGUCCAAAGAGCGCUGUGUUUACUGCAGAGGUGAAGUCAAAGAUGAGCGUGGAGGAGCAGAAUGAGCGAAUCCGCCGUAACCAGAGCAGCUCUGUCAGGGACAAGAGACGGAGUCUAAACCUCUCAGGUGGCCAGUCUCCAGCCACCUACAAAGUGAUUCGUAGGCGGCUCACAGCUCACGAGAUUGACAUCAAAGACUUGGAGGCAGCAGUUCGAGGCCAAGGGCAGGAGUCACCUUGGGAAGAAAUCACCCGCCUGAGACGUUUACAGGUUGAACCAGAACACUAUGACCUGGACAUCAGCAAAGAGCUGAUAGCUCCUGACAAAGUUCUGAUCCCAGAGCGCUACCUGGAUGUGGAGGAUAAUGCUCCUCUGAGCCCUGAGGAACAGAAGGAGAAACAGAAGAAAGUGGAGCGGAUCAAAACCCUCAUUGCCAAAUCAAAUUUGCAGAACAUGGUUCCUCUCCUGGACGGCCCUGUGGAGGGUGGUGCUCCAGUCAGUUCCCAGCAGCAGUUGCAGGAGCAGGAAAAGCGGAUUGAAAUAUCCUGUGCUCUGGCAGCUGAAGCGUCUCGCCGCAGCCGCCUUCUCUCUGCCCAGUGUGUCCCCAGUUGCCCCACCUCCCCGACUAGCCUGGUACCUCCCCAUUCCUCUGCUGACUUCCCCAACUCUGCCCACAUCAUGAAGGUGUGAGUCAUGCAAGCUCAAGCCCUAGCUGCUGUAAAGUUUGAUGGAGCAUCUUUCUGAGGUAUCACUGGACAAAUAGAAUAUUGAAGAUGGCCCCAGACAAAUUUUCUAUAGCACCAAAACUGAUACAAGAAAAACACAAAGUUGUGGAUGGAUGGUAUAAAAUCUUGCAAGCUCUCACAUCCAAACUCCAAUUCAUUCGACUCAUAACAGCCUCCUGCUAUGUGUACCUGUAGGACAAAGGAAGGCUACAGGGGCCAUAUUCACAAAGGAUUUUGUGGCUUUUAGGAGCCUAAAGGCACAAACAGUUCCUAAGAGUUUUCUCUGAAGAGCCAUUCACAAAGCUGCGUGAGAGCAACGGUUGGUACGGAACAAGGAGAAUGUCAGGAGAAGGUGUAGGGUUGCCCCCUUUGCUAGGGAUGACAUCACAUUUCAUGAGUGCACUUCCUUGUUACAUCCACAGUGAUUGGUAUUGGUAUAUGACUGGUGACAUAUAGACAUUCAUCAGCCUAAUACACAGGUGUGUUAGCAACAAAUUAAAUUGAGAUGGAUGGAUAGGUACAUAGGUGGAUACAUUUCCUAAAAAAUAUUUAGAGAUAUUUUGUAACCCAGUGUCACACAAGCAAAAGCAAAAGCACAACAAUAUAUUGCACCGACUUUCCUGGAUAAUCAAUCAAGAGCCAUGAAGUUACCUAUUGCAGUUGGUGAUUGUUUAAUACACACUUAAUGAGUUGUCACACAAAUUUGGGUCUGAAGAGUGCAUUUUUGGUUUGCUGAAUAAUUCUGUCAGAUGGCUGAGGCUUUGAUCAUAAGUGCUGCAAACUGUAUUUCACUGCUGUCCAAAUAACAUAUAGUUGUAAAAACAUCUCUGGUGUUACUUGACUGUUUUAAUUUGUUGGUGAGCCAGCUUAAUCCCUAUUAAAUGGACAACAUCAGAAUGUGGGUUCAAAGUUCAUAUUAUUCUGUUUUUACAAAGCCCUGAUUACAAAACACACAUUACUGACGGAAAGUUGGUUUUUGUGACUUAGGAGUCCUCUUGACUGUGUAGUAGGACCCACUUUUAGUGUUGAAAUGCUUUGUGAAUGACUCUUAGACCAAAACUUAGGAGACCAAAACUUAGGAAUCCUUAAGUUAGUACUGCCACACCUUAUUUUUUAUAAGUUUCCCAUAACUCUGCCAGCUCGGAGUUACUUUUAGCUUUGCAAUGUUUUGUGGAUAUGGCCCCAGACAUCUUACCAGCUUCAAAUUGUGUAAUAUCUCUGUAUUAUUAGCUCAGGUCACAUUUGCAAAGUAGAAAUUACUGAUGAAAUAUGUUGAUAGAAAGAUGUCAUACACUGACAAUGACAAAAUGUCAAUGAACUGAUGUUCAGUGUUGCACAGUUCACAUGGGACGCCCAUGCUAAACAUGAACAAGUACAGGAGCUGCAGAGAUAAAUCAAGACAAAGAGUUUGGGAUGAGGCCAGAUGGACAUCACUGAGGAUGACUAGUAGACAAAUAGUUUCACUAAAACCUUCAAACAUAAUUCUGGACACUAAAAGCCAAAGGAGAGUGUUUAUUAUCAUCGGAUCUCCAUAUCAACCUUGGAAAACCACCAAUGGCUCUUGGCACAGUCAGAAGUGGGCUCAGCUGCAGGCUGAGGGUAUUUGCCCACACUGACAUAUGCUGACACUUUGACAACUAAGAAGAUUGAAGCCUCUCAUCCUUUAUUAAAAAAUAAAAGUUGAGGACUCUCCUUAUGGACUCACUGUGAUGCCAGUUUCACCUCCAUCCCCCAACACCACUCCCAUCCUUCAACUUUGUCUACUAUCAGUUACACUCAUAUGCAGUUUGUUGUGAGACAGAACCAAAAAUGAAGAGAUGAAACAACGGCCCUUCAUAAAAGGCUGCAAAGGACCACACUUUGUCAUACAUCAGAGUCAGAGUAUGUCAUAUAUAAAACACUGGUAUGAGAACACCAAAGGAUUCUCUUAAAUAUUUACUUGAGGUUUUUUUUGUUUGUUUGUUUGUUUUUUACUCAAGUUGUUGUAAGUCCUUAGAGUAAAGUCCAACAUGGAUUUACUCCAACAUGGAUGUACAUACUAGAUUGGGUGUUUGAGUACGCAGACGUGGUCCAUUUGGCAUAUUUAUUGGCACAUACAGUCUGUGUGUUCAUAAGUUUUCAAAGGCAGUCUGUGAGGGUCACCCCAGGCUGUAUUUUUUUCCACAGAGGCAUCUUCAUAGCCUACAUGGACUGUCAAUGCUGCAAUGUCAUUGGUCUGGAAUGUCAUCAUGUUUUUGGGUCAGUAUUUGUUUUUGUUCAACUUUUGUCAUAAAAUCUGGUGGAAAAAUGAAAUCCAAGUUGAUUAGUUGGAUUAUGGUCAUUUGUUGUGUCUUCUGCAUGGUGGAGGAUAGUUAGGCACUUCGACAGAUGCAUUUAUUGUGGUGACUACCUGUCUGUUUGCUUCUCUUCAAUCUGAAGUGUUCAAACCACAGGUGUCAGAUAAGAAGUGACAUGUUUUUCCCCAAUUUUAAUAAAUAACAUAACACCAGCAGUGGAUAACAUACUUAGGUAUACGAUGUUUAUUUCAUUUUUAAGAAUAAUUGAUUCAAAGAAACAGCAGGCUGCCACACUGUCUUCUGCCCCAGAUGUACAGUAGCAUCUGUCAACAGAGCCUAAAUGGAGAGACGGAAAUAACUCAAACAUGAGGGUGAAUGUGAGUUCAGAAGGCUUUUCUUGUAGAAUUAACAUUUCUAAAUUCGGUAUCAUCAACAUUUGCUCAUGGGAACUACACUGUGAUUAAAGAGCGGUUACGUUUGACAAAGACUACCUAACCUCUCUCAUUUUUUUUGACAAAGAUGGUGGUCAUCUGAUUAGACAAUGAGAAUGUCAGCACAGACUGCUAGUAGGAAAACUUGGAUGAGUAGCUGGGAUUCUUGUGGUGAAGGCAAAAAGCUAUACAGCCAUCCACCACUCUGGCCUCCACACCACUAGUGAGUAUAAAUCUCUAAUCCAGAACAGGUGCAUAUGAAUGUAAUUCAUAGAGACUGCCACUAUGUGCAGCUCCUACGUUAUGGUAACACCACCCCUGUUGGAAAGUUGUUGGAUAUGCUUUUAGAAAUGAUACACUGUAUGUGGAAAGUGAAAAUAGAAGUGACCUUAGAAGAAGAAAAAAAAGUCAGCUAAUGAUGCAGUCAUUUCAGAGAAUUUAUAUAUACUGGAAAAUACUGUCAUGUAACAUACGCCCACCAACAUUUCAUCCAGUGAUGCAGUGCCAUAAGUCUGAAACAUGUCUGUGUAUUUUAUAUGUUGUGAUGAAUGGACAUAUCAAUGACAUGACUUACAAAGGACUUUGAAUCUGGAGGAAAUUUAAUGAUUUAUGCUGCCAAAAGUGUAAAUAAAAAAAAAAAAAAAAUCCAAACACACUGGCUUUAAGUGGAAAUGGCCAAUAUUGAAUAGAUAAACAAUACAGUCACAAAUAGAUGUAUUAAAUGAGUGGAGUCAGUUUUUUUUUUGAAAAUAGCAAAAUGCAUAAAUGUACCAAAUAUUGUGAAAUUAAUAUCAUACAGUAUAUGAAUCUAAUACAGCUCAUUAUUAUGGUAUGGUAUAU